CCAAGUAGAUCAAGGUUUGUCCUUUCAUACAAAUUAAAUUGUAUAACAUCCAGGAAGUUACAGAUCAUAAAUCUAGAAGGUUAAAAGCAGGCCCUCUGCCCCCCUCGACAAAACCAUCUUCACUACCAGCCAGUCUACAAUUCCUCUCUCUCUCUCUCUCUCUCUGGGGUUAAGUUUCCUGCAAAAAUGGAGCCUGAUCAUGAUCAUCAGCCACCCCAAGAAAAUCUGGACCAGGUGAUCAGUUCAGAUCAUGAGCGAGGGGCAACCCAAGGCAAGUCCUAUGACUGCACCUUUUGCAGGAGAGGCUUCUCUAAUGCGCAAGCCUUAGGAGGGCACAUGAACAUCCACCGAAAAGAAAAGGCCAAGCACAAGAGAUUCUCGAAUAUUGAUGAUCAAUCUCAACCAUCUUCGGACAUCCCAAGGGUCUUUCCCUCGUAUCCUCCAAUACCUGCGACUUCUUCCUCUUGGCUAUUCGAAGCCAAUAAGCCUAGUGACGUCGAGAGUAGCACAGUAAAAUGGCCUACGAGCAGGGAUGAAACCCAUGUCGGUGAAGUCAAGCAACUUCGUCUAUUUGUCGAAGCAUCAUCAGACAAAGACCAAUUUCAUCGGAAAACUGAAGAAAAGGGUUUGUCAUCUACCUAUGACUUGUCUGGUUCGAAGAUAGACCUUGAGCUUAGACUGGGGCCUGAGCCUGAUCAGGACCCAUCAACAGCAACUGGUACUAAAAAGUUCUUCUGAAUUUCCAACAUAUAUAUAUAUAUAUCAUGGUAAUUAUUAUUUUGCAUCUUACCGUAAAACAUGUUUUCAAGUUAAUUUUCUCGAUUUAAACCUCCGCGUUCACAUAUGUAAUUUUCAUAAUUUUAUGGCAUUUUGGUGGUGUAAUUUAAUUAAGCCCAGCUUGUACGGUACGGAUUAGGGUUGAACAGGGCUGUUCCUGAGGAUAUAUCUGUUAUACAUAUAUAUAUAAACCGUAGAAAGCAUUUAAAAGUC